AUUGACCUGUAAGGUCAGCCUGUAUGAGUUAACGUGAAGUGUUGAGUUUAAGUGAAGUGUGGUAGUGUUUAUGAGCGAGUGUGGUGUUUUGGGGCUACAGUUGGUGGUGGUGUUUCCCUCAGGGCUGCAGAUGCGCCUUCUGCUGGAGCAACGUUGCCUCAGCGGCCCGUGCAGAGAUGGCGAGGAAACCCCGGUGACACGGCACUGCUUUUUCAUGACGGAUGAUGGAUGAUGAAGACGAUCGCCGUCUUCUGGAUUUUAUUGGGGAUGUACAAGCUUUAAAUGACUAUCUUCAUGGCUCCAAUAGCAAAUCGAUAGAAGAGGAUGACCUGACAAAUGCAGCAUAUGAAUCUGCAACCUCAUUUUUCUCAAAUACCACGGUUGGCUCUGAUGAAGGACUUGGUGAAGCUGGUGAAUCUGGACUUUCCAGCAGCCUUCAGUUUAUUGAAAAUGAGCUUGAACAUGGUGUCUCCCCUAGUGACAGGGUUGAUCUUGGUAGUGAGGACCAACCUUUUGAUAUUCUCCAGAAAUCUUUAUUGGAGGCAGAUAUCACGGAACAGACAUUGGCCGAAGAGGCGUUGUUGGACUCUCAACCAGCGCUGUGUCCUGCUGCAAAUUUCUCUGGAGGACUUGGAGGUGUUUCAGGAACUGGACUAAUGGCCCCAAUGCCUGUAGCGGGGGCACAACCUCAGGCUUUUAUUCAUCAAGUUCCCCAGCUGCCUUUACCAAAUGGACAAGCAGGACACAUUCAGUUAGUGAGCUCUCUUAAUGGAAAUACUCCCCCCAUGAUGACUAUCAAGAGCCUGGAGCGCCCUCAGAUACUCUUGAGGCCUGGUGGAAAUACAGUGAUGGGCAGUGCUGGUCAGGGUACAGCUUUUGUUCCAUCUACACCCGGGCAGAUAUCUGUUCCCUUUAAUAAAGGGCCAAUACAGCUGCAGAAUAUUAUUAUUCAGAGAGGCCCUGUACCACAGUCUUUGGUCAGACCUAUUCAGCCCAAGGCCCUCCAGGCAGGUGGACAAACCGUGUACAAUAUAAGCAAUCUAGGGAUCCAACCCAACACCACUACUAUUGCAAGCCCAGCCAAUGCUAUUGCAUACACAGCCAAUGGAUCGCCACAGACUACCCAGCAGGUAAAUGUUGUGAGUCAGGGCACCAGCAUAGUAGUUCAUUCUUCCUUUGGACAGCAAGGACAACCACAGGUCCAGGCCAAUCUUUCCCAGGGGCAGUUUUUGCUACCCUCUGGCAGCACUGUCCAUGGGCUCCAGGCAGUGAAUGGGCAGGUUCUUCAAAACAAUACUCAAGUGGGUGACCCAUCCUUAACUAGCACCACUACAUACUCUAUACUGACAAAUCAGAAUACAGCUGUGCAGAUAAUUGCUGGGCAAAAUUUUGCAACUGGUGGGCGGAUGAUUGUGAAUCAAGGUAUGGUUGGUACAGGUCAGAUUGGGCAAGCUUCACCUACAGGGGUAAUGCAGGUUACUCAGAGGCCUGGUGUCUCAGCCAAAGUCUGGACUGCAAACCCAUCACCUACUCCGACUGCUGUACAGGCUUUGCAGGCACCAAACCGUCUCACCAUGGUAAAUUCCUCAGGCCAGCCACUCCAGACUCAUCUACAGAUAUCUGUUAGCCCAGGACAGCGUCUUCUGGUGCCUGUGGGACAAAACAACACAGACUCUUCACACACAGCAGUCCAAGAGACACAAUUUCAAAGGCAACAACAGAUACCUGUCAACCAGGACUCUACAUUACCAAAACAAAAAGCUCAGACACAGCUGGUUAAUCUUCUUGGUACAAAAGGCGUGAAAACUCCUGCCAACCAGGAAUUUCUUCUCCUCAGUACUUCAAAGAUACCUGAAAAUCAGCAGCUCAGCAGAGGAGGAAUGGUUCUUGAGCAGCUAAGGAGAGAUCACACCAGGGUCCUGUCUCCAGAAUAUACACCCUUUACUUCAAUAAAUGAUGUCCUUGACAGAUUGCUGCCCUAUCAUGUGUUCCAAGGGGAGCCACCCUGUGAGGAGGAUUUUGCCAAAGUGGAUGAAGAAUUUGAGGCAGCUUCCACACAAGUGUUAAUGAGAACACAGUCAAUGGUGAACAAAUACAGGCGUUUGCUUAUGGUGGAGGCUGAGCGGUCUAGCCCAUCAUCCGAAAUAGUAAUGAUUGACAGGACAUUCAACCAAGAGGAACGGAACAACUUGACUCAAGACAAACGAAUGGUACUUGUAGACCCAGAUGGGUUUCUAGAGGAAUUUUGCUGUGGACCUAAGAAUUUGACCUCAAACUCGGAGGCCAUGGAUUCAGAUGGUCUUGAGGAGAACACCAUUUUUAUGGAAACUUCCCCUAGCCAAGACACAUCACACAUACAAGGAUACAGAGAGAGGACAGAAUGCCAUAUAAAGCCUGCUUAUAGGACAGAAGCCUAUUCAGCUUUUGAGGAUCCAGGGGGUGGUGGUCAUGAAGAGACUUUCAGUAAGAACAACCUAGACAUGAAGAAAAUGAAAUCCAACAUAAUCAGUAGCAGCAGCAGUCAGCACCACCAACACAUUCACCCUGCCCACUACUCCACAUCUCCUAGCCAUUCUCAGCACAGUUCUGGCAAUUUCUAUCCCUCUGAACAGCUCCAGUCAUUUGAGCAUGGUCAUGUCCAACUAUCUGACACUGAUUCUGUGCUUGAAGCCGCGGUGAAUAGUAUAUUAGACUGUUAGCAUUUUUUUGGUUUGUUUUAUUGUUAGAUACUGUCACAAUCGUGAGUUGAAUCCUGCAACGUGAGACUGAGAGAUGCACUUCAGCAAAACAAUUGUUUGUACACACAGUGUCCCUUUAGUACAUGGUAAGCGGUGUAGAGAAGAAAAAUGACUGUGCCUACUGUUCUGGAAACGUUUACAUGAGAGCCCUUUUGGAAGAUCACCCACACAAAGCAGUAAGUUCUGAUGUUUGAAAAAUGCUAGUUACACAAUUAUUCAUGUGUAUGUUUGACGUGUGGUAUGUGUGUAUGUGUUAGUGUCUAUCCGUAGCUCUGCAACAUACCUACUCAUAGAAAUGCUUUGAUCAGAUCAAGAAUACUCUUGUACUUAGUUACACUAUAUUUGGAGGUUUUCUUUGUCCUUCCCCCAUCCUUUUCAAGUUUAGGUGUAGGUGGGUCUUGUGUGUCUGGAAUAGCAGCCCUUCAUAAGACUUGCUGCCUAUGGCUUAUAGCUGCUGUCCUUUAUCUUUUGUUAAGAUCGUUGCAGUAGUGUCUGACCAAAUGAGGCAUCUUAAUAUAGACACUCUUGUUUUAAAGUAGUAGUAUUCAAUCAUAGUCCCAACCUCCUUGCACUGCACAUGUGUUUUCAUUCUUCUUUUAAGUUUUUGAUUUACUUAUAGAAGAGCUAGAAUUAGCUGAAUGAAUGAACUGGUCGAAAUCCUAAACUAUGCAGUCCAGGUGAGGAAUUGAAUACUGUUGUAAGAGCAAUGACACUGCUCUGCUUUUCUUUUAUUUAGCAUUUAGUUUUGUACCUUACAGGUAUGUGACCUCCUGUCCACAAAGACAAGCUCACUUUGAGUGUUUUUUUUUUUUUUUUUUUUUUCUGCAGGGGAAACCAAGUCCUCAGAUUGAGGGUACAAUGUUACAUUCUUUUAUGCUUUAUUCAUUUUUGUUUUAAAUGAUUUUUUUCCCCCUUUAUGCUGCUUAUAGCCCUGAAUAGAAAACCUGCUGGUGUGUAACUGUAGGUUGCAAUUCCAUGAGCCCAGAGAUAUACUGUCCUAAACUAUUUCAUUUCCCUUGUGGCUGGUGUUCCCUGCUGGUCAGGUUAUAUUCUCUCUGGUUUUCAUUCUUCGGUUGUAGCAACAAACAUUUGCACACAUAAACACACUGUCUUUUAGACAUCUGUGUUUUCUGCAGCUUGACUCCAGUCACUAUUUGGUAAGUGAUUUUGAAGUACCAAAAUCAUAAUAUGAAGGAGACUUAACGUUCUGCCUACCCGUUGGGUUAUUUAACAACGAUUGACAAGUUACCCAUGUGUUUACCAAGUUAAUUUUAUCAUGAGAACAAAUUUUAAAGCCACAAUCACAAAUUUUAAAGCUACUUUAUAUAUUUUGGUAUUAGUUUGGAGAAUUAGAAUGAUCUUUAAUCAUCAGAUGUAUGAAAUGUGAAGAACACAGACUUCUACACCAUAACUGCUGUGAGCCAAAAACAUUUUAGAUAGAUUUUUGUAGUAUUUCUAGAAAUCAGACAAAACUGCUUCGUUCUUCUUAGAAAUGUAGUUCUUUUGAAAAACAUCAUUACACCCAGAGCUUUAUCUAGUCAUUUUAAGUGGUAAACUGGAUCCCUCCUGCAGCACAAAGGGAUUUCUUUGCUGCCAGUUAGUAGUUCUGAAAUUUCUGACUGUGGUUUUUUCUGAUUGCAUCUAACAAGUUAAUAACUUGUUUACCCUAACAACAGAAGUGAGACCAACACAGCAUAAACAGCAGUGAAUGGCUUGAUACAUUUGUGUAUGUAUGUUUUUGUGUCUGCAUGUUGGUAUUGAAAGGUUGAUUGUGCCUAAAAUAUAAUUUCCUUAAUCAACAACACUAUACUGUAUAUCUUUCCCAGCAGUUCAACCAAAUAUUAUGAACAAAAGUUGUGAUGUGAUGUCUGUGAUCUGAGCUUUUGUGGGUAAAGGAGGUUCAGCCUGAAGACCUUUUUGUUUGAGGGGUUUCUUUGCCUUAGGAGAAUGUACGUGAAAUCAGUUUGGAAAAUUAUUUGUUUUAUGGUACGCGUGUGGCCUUCAGUUAAUCCCAAUACCUUCAUGCUGAAAGAUUGAAAGUUCUGUGGUUGUAACAUUUCAUUUUCAUACAAAAGUUUAUUUGCAACAUUUGUUUUGUAUUAAAAAUGAAAGUACAACAAAAAUAUUUAUAAUUUUUGUAAGAAAAGUAUGGAAAACGAAACGAGGAAGUUAUUUUUUAUGUUGGGUAUAACUUGAUUAUGUGAAAUCAAAAUAUAUGGUCAGAUAUUGAAUUAAUGUUUAAUUUGUGCUCACUACAACAACAAAGAUCAAUCAAUAUUAAAUUCACUUUGAAUACAACAGA